CGUUACAUCAUUUAAUAAUGAAUCUUUCUCACAAUAGUUACUAUCAAAUCAUCUUUUUCAGGUCCUUAGCCCGUGUGGUGUUAGGCAGCAACUGCAGCGGGUCUUAUAUUAAAGUCAAAGACUAUACUUUUCACCCGGAUUUCGAUAGUAAUUCAUUCAAUACUCUCGCUAUUAUACAGUUGGAUACAUUUAUGAUGAAACAAAUUUUUCGCCCCAUUUGUCCUCCUCCCAAGAGUAUGACGUCGUCACAGAUAUAUGCCAUGUCACUGACGCAAGAUUGCUCCAGUGAUAUGGUCAUGGUAUACAAAAUGGAGUACGUUAAGCAAGACGAGUGCCAACACUUCUACAGGAGAACCGGAUUGGACAUGGCAAGUCUGUGGCCGACGCACUACGCAUGCGCGCGAGCCACUUCCGGAGAAGACUGCAUUUGGCGAAGCGGUACCGUACUGGUCACCAGACAACGGAAUCGAUGGCAACUGUUAGGGAUCGGUGUGUACGGGCCCGGCUGUAACGCUCCGGCUCGCUUCAUGGACUACGGGAUCUACAGCAAAUGGGUGACCGACAGCCUUGCCAGGAUCGGGAGACCAGCUGUCACCAGAUUAGCUCCGAACCAUCUUGUGAUAAGGAGAAGUUAGUUUCUAGAAAAAAGUUCCAUCACCUGAUCUCCAUUACUAUAAAUCUCAUUUUAGAUACUAAUAAUGGUCGUCUUACGAUUAUGCUUAUUCUAUAGUUAAGCCUCAUUGAGAAGAUGCGAGAAAUAUUGGACUAGUUGUGAUAUUAUACAUAUUAGAAUCGUAUUGUUAUGCAAUGCUUUCA